AUGGCGACAUGUACCCAAACGCAGGCUGCCAUACUGCCAUCUGUGGCUCUUACCACCGGCGACAUUAGUUCACGACAAUCACUGGAAUACAGCAACGCCGAGCAACCUGCCGAAUCCGAUGAUGAGGCUCCACGAAUGUCUCUCCUCCGCAAGCUGGCGGUUAUUAUACAACUCUCAGGCGUCAAUUUCUCUUCGAGCGCCGUGAACGGUCUUGUCGUCGUCGGCUUACCUACCAUCACCGCUGAUCUCAGAUUAGAUCCAUCACUAGCUUUUUGGCCAACUUCGGUCUCCAGCUUGGCAAACGCUUCCACAAUCCUCCUUGCUGGCUCUGUAGCAGAUUCAAUAGGGCCCCGACCUGUCAAUAUCGCCGGUGGUUUAGUGACGGGUGCAUUCAUCAUAGCCGCCGGUGCCUGCAAAACAGGCCCUCAACUCAUUGUGAUGCGUGCCUUGCAGGGUAUCGGCUACGCCAUGCAUCUGGUGUCGUCUGUCGCUAUUGUAACCCACGCACUUCCACGUGGAAGGCCUCGCAACUUUGCCUUCUCUUGCCUUGGUCUUAGCCAGCCGUUGGGCUUCUCGUUCGGCCUGGUCCUAGGUGGCAUCCUUCAGGAUCUCAUCGGCUGGAGGGCAGCUUGGUACAUAUACGGAGGCCUGACCCUUGCACUCUCCAUUGUCGCCACCUGGGCCUUGCCGAAUUUCCAGAAUGAGGCAACAUUCAAGGGCACUAUGCGCAAUUUGAAAGCCCGAGUGGAUUGGGUUGGGGCGUUGCUUGCCUCCAUCUUCAUGACAUUGCUAUCUUACCUCUUUGCUGCCAUCAGUGUGGACUUGAAUAGAAUCCGAGACCCAAAAAGUAUCGUCUUCAUCUGCUUAAUCGCCAUGGCACUACCCUUGUUUGUUGUCUGGGUCCACCGACAGGUCAAACUUGGUAAACCAGCACUCAUUCCGAAUGCUCUAUGGAAAGAGACGGCAUUUUCCAGCGUUUGUGGUACGGUGGCUCUUUCGUUUGGUGUGACGACGUCAAUGGAGCUUUUCGCCAGUUUAUUUUUCCAACAAGUCCAGCGCCUUUCUCCCCUUCAGACUGGUCUUAGAAUUAUGCCAAGUCUCCUUGUAGGAGUUGUCCUCAACGUCACUACAGGUUUAUUUGUCCACAGAGUGCCUGCGUUGUGGAUCGUGACUGUGUCCUCCAUCAUUUGUUCAGUAGCGCCCCUUCUCAUGGCAGUAAUUAAAGUACAAUCUCCGUACUGGACCAACGCCUUUAUUGCACAGGUGCUGGCGCCUAUGAGCACCGAUGUCCUCUUCACGGUAGGUCUCAUCAUUAUUUCGGACAACUUUCCUGAUAACACGCAAGCAUUGGCGGGCGCUGUGUUUAACACAGCAAGCCAACUCGGCCAGGCCCUCACCUUGGGCAUGAUGCAAAUUGUCUCAACACUUGUGACAAAGGAUCACAACGACAAGGCCUUGCCAAUGGCUAGACUGGAGGGCUUGAGAGCAAGCUUCUGGACCAUGUUUGGUUUCAUGAUGCCUCACGAUGGCCCGGAUCCCGACACUUGUCCAGCUUCAGGGCAGACGGAUCUCUCCACCUCGCUGCACCAACACGAUGUCACACAGCACAGCAUCUCAACUCAACUUUUAGACAAGACGCUUUCGGAGCAUUCCUACAGGUCUGCAGCCACAGAUCAGUCCAUGAACCAGGACAAUCUCUCCGAUGACUUCUGGGGCUUGGGAGACAUGGCAAUUGCGGCAACCAGUGCAUCUGACGCUGUAGCUAGAUCGAGUGCCCAUUCUAGCGUUCCCCAUGUUCCACAAACAAGUCAUCACGAUUCGAAUGCGGCCGAUGAAAGUAUUUCCCAGGAAAAUCCCGCCUCUCUGAAUUAUGAAAUUUUCACGACUCUAUCGCCUCUCCCCAAUAUGGGGCGGGGAUCGGGCCCUCAAUCUGUAGGGUCAGCCCAUGUUCAUUCGCAUAGCAACUCUGUGAAUCCCCCAAAGAUAGGCUCGCGCUUCUCUAGGGAAUCAUCCAAGCUGUUAAAACAGUGGUUUUCAAACCACUAUCAGUAUCCAUAUCCGAGUAAAGAAGAAAUGAAGAUACUACAACAACAGACUGGUCUAUCCAAGACGCAAAUCAGCAACUGGCUUUCGAAUACCAGGCGGCGAGAAAAGAUGCACUACAGCACACAAUCUUCUCAAAAGGCAACGGCCGCAGUUGAUUCAAAUACACCGGCGAUGAAUAUCCCCAGACGACCCGAUACGCCGACAGUUCAGAAGAGGCGUAAUUGCCGCACUAUGGGACCUCUUGAACGCUGGGUUGACUCGCCUCCAGAGAGUGAGCCUGCAACGGUCACUGCCAUAGCCAAUGCAGUUCAAUGUGCUGAAUCAUCACAAUCUUGGCCAUUGUCGACGCCCAUGGAUGACGAGUCCGGCCAGUCUAUCAACGAGUCGUCAGACAACAGCUAUCGGACCUCAAGUGGUAGCUCACUUGCAGGUCACGUCGUCGUCGAAAGCGCAGGCUGCCGUCAAGGCCGCACAUACCUCGUGUCGGCGAAGCUGGCAAACGCGGUUACAACCGGUUGGAAAACAUCUACCCCUAAUAUUCGAUCACGGUGUGGAUUUUGCGAGAUGUAUCUAGAUUCAUGGGGUGAUCGGGUUGAACACUUGGCCGACCAUUUUAAAAUGGGCAAGACUAUGGCCAGCUGGACGGGUGAUUGGGGUUUUGAUGAUGCCAUCACAGACACGCUCGAGGACGCCAUUCCACCUUAUCUCCUCGGUAAAGAGAGCACUAGCAUGUUUCCGUUCGAAGCAAGCGAUGUUUCUCCAGAAUCCCCUCGCACCGCGUACGAACUGCUCGUCGUCGAGCUCUCCUGCUUUGUCGAAACAUAUCAGUACAAGACCAGGCAGCUUCCCAGCCAUGACGCCAUGCAUACCGAAGCCUGUCGCAUUAUCUUUGCCUCGGAGAUGUUGUCUUUAGAAGUGGACGCCGAACCCUCAUGGCUGCGAGACGUAGUCUUGUCGAAUGAGAUGAUUGCUACGCAGGCGCAGUUCCUCCCUAUACGAACACCGUCUGAGGGAAGGCUUCGAACCUUGGAGAUUAGGGGAAAGAAGUCGCUAUUCGAAGAUUGCCCGCUUGAGGCUCAACUCUACAAUUUUGCCUUUACCGAGGCGAUGGCUAACCAGGCCGUCAUUUCCGACGAGAUGUUACAGGCCGAGGCUUGUAAAAUAAUCACACGAAUGCAGCAAGCCUUACAGCUGCCCCUAACCGAUUUUGUCUUUAUGUGGUUUAUGACAUUGGUUUAUUCGUCGCCCAUGAAUUGGCUCAGCCAUUUCAGGCGACGUUCGUCUCUUCCACUCACUGAAAGUGGUGGCACAUCUAUAUCUACGAGUUUGGCCGGGCACUGGACUGUAGGGACUACAUCUGGCGCAAUUCGCAGCCACUUAUAUAUCGGUACUCACGAUUUUGAAGCACUCCGGCAACCCGGCGGAGAGGCAACGCUAGGGGCUGGACAUUGUGAAGCUUCGCCUAGCGACUUGCAUUUGACUGGGCUUAAACAUACACCAACAAAUGUCGAAACUAGCACACCUUUGUCAUCAGAGUCAUUUGUUCCGAUCAUGGCUCCGUUGAUGAGCGAGGAACUCUUUAGCCACGGACCAGGAAGAAAUUCUAGGGCAAUUGGCAGUUCUGGUCCGGAAGUGAGCGGUACGGCAUUGCUCAUGAAGCAUGUGAAUGUAGGUUCGGGGAGAAAUCCCGAUGGCCUUCAGACUGGGUCUUAUAUGUUCCAUGAUCCCAAUCUAUACAAGUGGUUGGGCCGGGAGUUGGGCCGCUGGGUCACGUCUAUCAUGUCUCCCAAAAACCCAAAUUCCCAUGUGCCGUCCGACGAGGAGAUUCAGCAUCAUGCUCGCUUUCUAGUGUAUGAUGAUGAUGAUCCGUGGAAUCAGACGGUGGCAGAUAAUCUAGAGUGGCUGCAUCGUUUCAAAGUCAGUGUUGGGAUUGUUCCAGAAUAG